GUGCUAUUUUUGGAGCCAUGGCAACGCCGGGAUAUCCUUCCAACCGACCGGCGAUUAGCUGUUCAAUAGGAACCUCUCGUCGAUCGCCUCCUCGUAUAUAAACAAGAAACCAAGAGCAGGCCAGGAAAUCUUUCCUUCCUCUCCGACCGAUUGAUCUUGCAAUGAAGCCUCCGACUGCAGCCUCCGUGCACCUCCUCAUCGUCCUCCUCCCGCUCGCCGGCGCCGUCGCCAUGGCCGCCGCCGCGACUGACGGGCCGCCCGCUACCUACCUGGUCUUCGUCGACCCCACGCCGCCCGGCGUCACCUGCAUGAAGUACCACCUCGGCAUUCUCUCCGCCGCCCUCGGCAGAAGCGAGGAGAAGGCCAAGGCGGCGAUAAUCUACAACUACAAGAACGUCAUCAACGGGUUCUCGGCCAGGGUCACGCCGUCCGAGCUCGAGGUCAUCAAGAAGCAACCGCAGGUGAACCAAGUGCUGCCCAGCGCCACGUUGCAUCUCAUGAGCAGCAACUUCGACGGCGUCAGCUGAAGAAGGGCACCAUAGGUUUGGUCUGUGUUUCCUUCCUAUUCUGUGGACGAGCGAAGAUCGAACGAUGACGAGAAUCGAUGUAAUCUCGAUGAUGAGGAUGUAUGUAAUGUCAAUAGCUAAAGCUCCUGAUCUUUUCACGCGUUUAUAUAUUUCCCUUCAUGGUAGGAAAAAAAAGAUCCUCAUAGCUCUGUAUGUACGUGUAUGGUUACAUGGAUCAUGGAUGUGGACUGAAUAACUGAACAGCUAAUGCUAAUUA